AUUUGAUAAUUUUAAAAAUGUUUUAAAAACCGAAAAGUGAACACUGAGGACAUUUUGUUAAGUUUAAUUAUUUCUUGCAUUCUAGAUAUUUCUUUAACAUUUGAAGUUUAGACGAACUCGGUUGUAAUGGACCAAGAAACUGCUAUGCGCUUACUGUUAAAAGGCGCAACUGCUUUUUUCUUAGAUGUCCCAUCCGGUAUGGAAUUUGGCAUCGAUAUGAUGUCCUGGGCGACUGGUGACAAAUUUAAAGGCAUUAAAAUGAUCCCUCAAGGAAUACAUUUUAUUUAUUAUAGUGCAACAGAUAAGUAUGGUAAUACAGCUCCACGAUGCGGCUUUUUUCAUAAUUUCAAAAAAAGUGAAUGUCUUGUAAGAAAAUGGGAUCCAGACAAAGAAGAACUGUUAAAUGUACCCAGAGAAGAAAUCGCACAAUAUAAAACAAAUAUAUUGAAUUUGGAUCAGUUUUUAGCACCAUAUCCGUUUGAAGAACAAACCAAAUGGAACGGCUUAUCGUCGUUACUAACGGAAAAUGUAAUAACUACACUUUGUCCGGAAACAACAAUAAUCAGGUCGGCAAUGGAGUUGUUUCCAGCAUCUAAAACAGAAAAUGUUAAAAGAAGAAGAAAAUGGGGACCUAUAAGAACUGAUGAUGAUGUAGGAUACGAUCAUCUACCAAAUUUAGUACCUAAAGCUGAGAGUCAAUUUAGAUUUACCGAACCGCCAGAAUGUCAUUAUCCCCCCGGUUCAUCGCUUUCUCAAAUAACUAAACAUUCUCUUGAUUCUUCUUACAUCCUUGAAAAAAUGGCCGAAAAACAUCACAAUGUAAUUGAUUUGCUAGCAGAACUUCAGUUUUGCUAUAUUUGUUUCCUCGUUGGUCUCAAUUAUGAAUCAUUUGAAAGAUGGAAAAAGUUAUUUCAACUAUACUGCAUGGGCAAAGAUGCAGUUGCUCAGAAUCAAGGUCUUUAUGUAAAAUUUCUUUUAGCCGUUCGACAACAGCUAGAUACCGUUCCUGAGGAUUUCUUAGUUGAUAUUGUUGAAAACAAUAAUGUCAUUUAUAAUGGCCUUAAAGAAUUGUUUAGAACUUUGGAAUCUGGUGAUUUUGUGCUUGGAGACGAUCUUAAAGAUGUUACAGUUCAAUUAAGAAGAUUCUUACAACAAAAGUUUGGAUGGGAGUUUAAUGGAUUAGAUGAAGAUGAUGAUGAUGAAGCCCCUGUAAUUAUAAACUUUGAUGAAAAUUAAUUCAAAUAUUUGUGUAUAGUACUAAAAGUGAGUAUUUAUAUAUAAAUUGUUUGAUUUAUUUGUCAAUAUGUAAGAUAACAUUUUUACUGUUUUAACAUUAAUAUUAAUGUGUUUUAGUUUAUAAUGUUCAUGAAUAAAAUUGAAAAAUAAUGUAAACACUUUUAUAUUUAUUUAUUUUUUGUUAAAAUUAAAGAAAAUAAUAUGUAAAUUAAAACUAC